GCGGACGACAUUAUGAAUGAGCCCCCCUUCUUCAUUACGCGUUUUCUCUCUCCCUCUCUCAUCCUCCCUCUCUCAUCUGUGUGUAUUUCUCUCACCUCCACGCUAAAACUGUGAGCUAGUGAGAGAGCCGAGCUGUCCGCAAAAAGACCAAGGACUGACAGGCUGUAAUGUACGAAGGAGAGAGAGAGAGAUGGAGCCAGUGGCAAGUGAGCAGGAUUUUACUAAGAUCCCAUGUUCUGUCUUCUCUCUCUCUCUAAAAACUCUAUACUUCUCUCUCUAAAACCUGACUUUCUCUCUCUAAGCCACACCAACUCCGGUGGGGGCAGGAGCGGAGAGCCCAAUGAAGCCUCCACCCCACUUGGGUCCCACUCACUAACUUUUCCACUACCCAUACAUUUCCCCCUCUCCCUCCCUCUCUCUCUUUCUCUCUACUGGUGAAUGAUUCCCUGACGCCACAUUGCCAUUGAUCAGCCCCGGCAGGAGUACGCACAGGGGAGACGGGCUUCUGAAGGAAUCGGUUCAAUCGAAUACCAAGCAAAGCCCCUUUUGUGCUUUCUUUUAUUUUUUCUAAUCUGCGCUAUUCUUCGAUUGUGGUCCUUUUCUUCAUGUGGGGUUUGUGGGUGGUCUAGUGAUUACUCUCAAGCGGUGCGUACAGCACAGAGUUGGCUUCCUUGAGGGGGAUUCCAGUUGAUCGGACUCGUUGGGGGAUAAAUUUCUGAGGUGGGUCGCUUGAUUUGGAGGGCUGCGUUGUGUGCUGUGUGUUGUUUUGAUUUCGAUGGCGACGGGAGGUCGGCUCAUCGCGGGCUCUCACAAUCGGAACGAGUUCGUGCUUAUCAAUGCUGAUGAGACUACUGGAAACGUAAGUAUCAAAUCUGUGCAAGAAUUAAGUGGGCAAAUCUGUCAAAUUUGUGGGGAUGAGGUGGAGUUAACGGUGGAUGGAGAGCUAUUCGUUGCUUGCAACGAAUGUGCUUUCCCCGUUUGCAGGACUUGCUAUGAAUAUGAAAGAAGAGAGGGAAGUCAGGCUUGCCCCCAGUGCAAAACCAGAUACAAGCGCAUCAAAGGUAGUCCUAGGGUUGAAGGUGAUGAGGAAGAGGAUGACAUUGAUGACUUGGAGAAUGAAUUUGAUUAUGGGAACCUUGAUGCCUCAGUCUCUCAACAGGGUAUGGAGGCAAUGCACUCUGCAUGCCUUGACAACGGGAACACAUAUGGAAUCCCCAAAUACUCAAAGUUGGAUUCUUCUGCCCCUAGUUCCGAGAUACCUCUAUUGACCUAUGGCCAAGAGGAUGUGCAAAUUUCCUCUGAUCAGCAUGCUCUUAUUGUUCCUCCAUUUAUUGAUCAAAGAAACAGAGGACAUUCAACAGUUUUUUCUGAUCCAUCCAUUGCCUUGCAUCCUAGACCAAUGGUACCUAAGAAAGACAUAGCAAUCUAUGGGUAUGGGAGUGUGGCAUGGAAGGAUCGAAUGGAGGACUGGAGGAAAAGGCAGAAUGACAAACUUCAGGUUGUAAAGCACCAAGGAGAAAAUGAUGGUGGUAACUUUAAUGGAGAUGAUCUCGAUGAUCCUGACUUGCCAAUGAUGGAUGAAGGCAGGCAGCCACUUUCAAGAAAGCUACCCAUUCCUUCAAGCAAGAUAAACCCAUACAGAUUAAUAAUUAUACUCCGGCUGAUAAUCCUUGGCUUCUUUUUUCAUUAUAGACUUCUCCAUCCAGUUUAUGAUGCAUAUGGCCUGUGGAUGACAUCUGUUAUAUGCGAAAUAUGGUUUGCCGUGUCAUGGAUUCUUGAUCAGUUCCCAAAGUGGUACCCUAUAGAGCGAGAAACAUACCUCGAUCGUCUAUCACUGAGGUAUGAAAAAGAAGGGAAACCAUCUGAGUUAGCCAAGAUAGAUGUCUUUGUGAGUACGGUGGAUCCUAUGAAAGAACCUCCACUGAUUACCGCAAACACUGUGCUAUCCAUCCUUGCUGUAGAUUACCCAGUUGAUAAAGUUGCAUGCUAUGUCUCAGACGAUGGUGCUGCCAUGCUUACCUUUGAAGCUCUUUCUGAGACAUCCGAAUUUGCCAGGAAAUGGGUUCCUUUCUGCAAGAAGUUCAAUAUUGAGCCCCGGGCUCCAGAGUGGUAUUUUUCUCAAAAGAUUGACUAUCUGAGAAACAAAGUUCAUCCAGCAUUUGUAAGGGAACGGCGUGCCAUGAAGAGAGAAUAUGAAGAAUUUAAAGUGAGGAUAAAUGGGUUGGUUGCUAUGGCACAAAAGGUUCCUGAGGAAGGAUGGACAAUGCAGGAUGGAACUCCAUGGCCUGGGAACAAUGUACGAGACCAUCCUGGCAUGAUACAGGUAUUCCUUGGCCAGAGUGGCGUUCGGGAUGUUGAAGGACAUGAGUUACCUCAGCUGGUUUAUGUUUCUCGUGAAAAGAGGCCAGGGUUUGAGCACCAUAAAAAAGCUGGGGCCAUGAAUUCUUUGAUGCGGGUUUCGGCAGUUAUCUCAAAUGCUCCAUAUCUUUUGAAUGUUGACUGUGAUCACUAUAUCAACAACUGCAAAGCACUUCGAGAAGCUAUGUGUUUCAUGAUGGACCCUACCUUGGGGAAGAAAAUUUGUUAUGUGCAAUUUCCUCAAAGAUUUGAUGGAAUUGAUCGUCAUGAUAGAUAUUCAAACCGGAAUGUUGUCUUCUUCGAUAUCAACAUGAAAGGGUUGGAUGGUAUACAAGGACCAAUAUAUGUUGGAACAGGGUGUGUAUUCAGAAGGCAAGCACUCUAUGGAUUUGAUGCCCCUGUUACGAAGAAGCCACCGGGCAAGACAUGCAAUUGUUGGCCAAAAUGGUGCUGCUGCUUGUGUUGUGGGCCUAGAAAGAACAAGAAAGUAAGCUUAAAGAAAGGGAAUAAGAAAAUAAAGCAUAGGGAGGCUUCAAAGCAGAUACAUGCACUUGAAAAUAUUGAGAAGGGAAUUGAUGAAGCAAAUGCUGAGAAAUCAUCCAACACAUCCCAAAUAAAUUUGGAGAAGAAGUUUGGGCAGUCUGCUGUCUUUGUAGCCUCCACUCUUUUGGAGAAUGGUGGAGUUCCCAAGGAAGUCAGUUCUUCAUCACUUUUGAAGGAAGCCAUCCAUGUUAUUAGCUGUGGUUAUGAAGAUAAAACAGAAUGGGGAAAAGAGGUUGGUUGGAUAUAUGGUUCUGUGACAGAGGAUAUUCUGACAGGGUUCAAGAUGCACUGCCAUGGCUGGCGGUCUGUGUACUGCAUACCCAAGCGCCCUGCAUUUAAGGGCUCUGCUCCCAUCAACCUUUCUGAUCGUUUGCACCAGGUUCUUCGGUGGGCUCUUGGAUCUGUAGAAAUUUUUUUGAGCAAACACUGUCCUAUAUGGUAUGGUUAUGGAUGUGGUUUGAAAUGGCUGGAGCGAUUUUCCUAUAUAAACUCAGUUGUUUACCCUUGGACAUCCAUUCCCUUGAUUGCUUACUGUACAUUGCCGGCCAUCUGCCUUCUCACUGGGAAGUUUAUCGUCCCUGAGAUUAGCAACUAUGCCAGCCUUGUGUUCAUGGCCCUCUUUAUAUCCAUAGCUGCAACUGGUAUCCUCGAGAUGCAGUGGGGUGGCGUUGGAAUAGAUGACUGGUGGAGAAACGAGCAGUUCUGGGUGAUUGGGGGCGCUUCGUCUCACUUUUUUGCCCUCCUCCAAGGUUUACUCAAGGUUUUGGCAGGAGUCAAUACAAAUUUCACUGUUACCUCCAAAGGAGGAGAUGAUGGGGACUUUUCUGAGCUUUACAUUUUCAAAUGGACAUCGUUGUUAAUCCCUCCCACAACGCUACUGAUAAUAAACAUUGUUGGAGUUGUGGUUGGAAUCUCAGAUGCAGUCAAUAAUGGUUAUGAUUCAUGGGGCCCCCUGUUUGGCAGGCUCUUCUUUGCCUUCUGGGUUAUCGUCCACCUCUACCCUUUCCUCAAAGGAUUAAUUGGCAAACAGGAGAGGGUGCCGACAAUUAUUGUCGUUUGGUCGAUUCUACUCGCCUCAAUCCUCACUCUUAUGUGGGUCCGUGUCAACCCAUUUGUCUCCAGAGAUGGGCCUGUGCUUGAAGUUUGCGGGUUGAAUUGCGACUAAGAUUCAGGAAUAAAGCUUUGAAUUAGUUUUGAUCACAUUUUGCAACCAUGGUUGUGAAGUUGCAAGAGGUUCGUUCUUUGGCCCAGAUGCGUGGUGGAGAAUAUUAGAUGAUAUUAGAACGCUUCUUCAUUGUGAAAAGUAAUUUAGGCACAUAAUUCUUUGUGGGGGAGGGGUUGUGGGAAGGUGGUGUCAGGAAAAUCUGUAAUUGGGGGAUGUGUAGAUAAAAAGAAUUGGGAACUGGAACAUUUAUAUUUGUUCUCUGAGGGGCUUCUUUCAUUCUUUUAUUGCAUUAUACUGGAGGUUUUUGUGGGGUUUUGACCACCUGUAUUGUCAAUACAAUAUUACAUUAUAAUUUAUCCCUUUUGAAAAAUGGGGUUUCAAUUUUCAGAGAA